CAUCCUUCUCCAUUUCUCAUUCAAAAACAUCUCCUCCAUUUCUCAUCAACAAUAGUAAAUACACACAACACAUAGUGAAGAUGAAGAAAAUGCAAAUAUUUGCAGUUAUGUUCUUUGCAAAUCUCAGCAUUGCAUUAUGCAUAAGUGACGGGCUACUGCCCAACGGCAACUUCGAGCGUGGGCCAAGGCCGUCGCAGAUGAAAGGGAGCAAGGUGACGGAUCCCCACGCGAUACCGUACUGGGAAACAGAGGGGUUCGUGGAGUACAUAAAGUCGGGGCAGAAGCAAGGCGACAUGGCGCUGGUGGUGCCAGAGGGGGCCUCAGCCGUGCGUCUGGGCGACGAGGCGUUGAUCAAGACGAAGCUGAAUGUGACAAAGGGCAUGUUCUACUCUGUCUCAUUUACCGCGGGAAGGACUUGUGCACAGGAAGAGAAGCUGAGAAUCUCAGCUUCAGCCAAAGAGUGGGGAAUCUUGCCUAUACAAACUGUUUACAGCAGCAAUGGUUGGGAUUCCUACUCUUGGGCAUUCAUAGCAGAAUCCCAGCUGAUUGAGCUAGCCAUCCACAACCCCGGAACCGAAAAGGAUCCGGCGUGCGGCCCGCUUAUCGAUUCUGUUGCAAUCAAGGCUUUGUCUCCCCCUCCAAGGCCAAGAGGUAACAUGUUGAAAAAUGGAAACUUUGAAGAGGGUCCAUACAUCUUCCCCAAAACAUCUUGGGGUGCCCUAAUCCCACCCAACAUUGAGGACAAGAACUCCCCACUGCCCGGGUGGAUCAUCGAGUCCCUCAAGGCUGUGAAAUACGUAGAUUCCGACCACUUCAGUGUCCCAGAAGGUAAACGGGCGAUCGAGCUGGUGGCCGGGAGGGAAAGUGUGAUCGUGCAAAUCGUGAGAACCGUGGUUGGGAAAACCUACGACCUCUCCUUCUUGGUUGGGGAUGCCAAGAACGGCUGCGAAGGGUCAAUGUUGGUGGAGGCAACUGCUGGGAAACACAGUGUUCAAGUUGCUUACGAGUCGAAGGGAAAGGGUGGGUUCAACCGCGAACGCGGUACACUUAGGUUUAAGGCAGACUUACCUCGAACCAGGGUUAGGUUUUUGAGCUCGUUUUAUCAUAUGAAGAGUGACAGCACGGGUUCUCUAUGUGGUCCGGUCAUUGAUGAUGUGAGGUUGGUUAGUGUUCGAGGUGUUAGAAAAUAGGGUGCCAUUCUAGAGUCAUGAGGUUAAUUGGCACAAAGAACUUUCAUUACUUGUCUGUAUUUCUAAUUUUCUUCUUUUUUUUUCAUGUUUUACUAAAUACUACAUUACAUGUAUAUGGUUUCAAUAAUACUGUGUUACUUAUAUAGA